AUGAAAAUUGACAGAAAAAAGAUAUUAAAUAGGUGUGGUUAUGACCAGAAUGAAUGCAUGUUGCUUGCUAAGCACUUGUCAGCAUGUCCAGAUGAUAUGCUAAUAUCAGAAUUAAAGCAGAUAAAUGUUUGGAACUAUGGGAAGUGUGAACUCGGCCUCUGGGCCGAUGUUUUAGAUAGACUAGAUGCAAUUCUGGAAAAUGCGGUGACAAAAACGGGGAAGUGGAUGUUGCGUCUUGAUACACCAGGGAACUCGUCUCUUGUCGAUAAGGUGGUGACUAUUUUGGAGUUUACGGGUCACUUGAUUGAACACAGCAUCUACCGUUUUCUGUACGGCUCUUGGCCUCAUAUCCUUGCUCUGUUUGGUUCGUCUAAUCUUGACGUUCUACUUGCUGUUCUUGGAUUGUCCUACAACUUCAGCAAGCGAAGCAAUUUCUUCAUCAGGCUUGAUUCCACAAAUAAGCAGAUGAUUCUUGAACGUCUAGUCUCGAUUGCUGAAACCUGGGGAGGAGCAGAAAAUGGGUUUGGACUUGCAGAAUGUUGUGACCCAAAGCAUUUCCCAGAGACUGCUGGAAAUGUUUAUUUUGAAUACAGACCAGACCAUGGUGGUCGGUCAUCAACUAAUCAAAAUCUUGCUAAUCCAGGCGACCAAUCGACGUCUUCAAAUACUUUGGGAACUAUUGUCCUUCAGGCUCUCCAUCGCAGAAAUCAGUCACCAUCAGAAAUAAUGGAAGAACUUUUGGCUCAACAUCCAGUACCUGUAUCUCGUCAAAUGGCUCUUUUCUCCAGAGUUCGGUUGGCAACCUACUUUUCAGACCCUACGCAGCGGCAUAAGUGUAUACGUGCUAGACUGCAAGCAUUGUCUAUUUUGUCGUAUACUUUCGAAGUCGACGAACGUUAUUUGUAUCCUAGCCUGUUAGAUGAACUUGUUGAAGUACUUGGCUUACCAGAUGGUCAGUAUUUGGGUAUCAAAGCGUGUGCUCUCCGAACAUUGACUGCUAUAGUUAAUUCUCAUCGAUGGGGCAUAAAUUGGGGUUCGUUGGUUGGAUCCACUGGAUUAUCCAGUUAUCAUGGUAUUUUACCUAAUCUGACUAGAAAGUGGGUCCAAGGACUUGUAGAUGGUACUAUUAAAGCUCCUGCUGGAAGUACAAAUCAGCAUUUCACAACUGCUUUACUGUCUUUCUUAUAUCAUUUAGCUUGUUAUGAAGAGAACUCGGGUCCAGGAAAUACACAGAAUGCACCUCUUAGCUCUAGUGGUGUUUUGGACACAAUGAUGCAGCUUAUUUCCUGGCAUUCCCGCAUAAUGAUUAUUUAA